GCUGGAGGGCCGCUGCGGCCAUGCUGGCAGUCCUGGUGGGGGGAGAAGGCCGCUUUGAAGUUGCUGGGGACAAAACAAGACAUAGACCCUAGGCUCUUUUCCCCCCACCCCUGCCUGCCCCCAGUGGGUCCUGGUGCCCUUUCGAAUUGUGGACACACGCGGGCACACUCCGGCCUGGUAGAGCCCAAGCUAGCUCGGCAGCCAGGGUGCCUCACAGCUUCAGUGCUGUCUGUGCACCAGGCAUUCAGAGUCUGUUUCUACCAUGGGGGUCCUCCUGCCAGCCUGUAUGCUCCCCAGCAGGGGAAGUCCUACAAAAACGUGAAGUCGAGCGUCGUAAUGAAUGAAAGAUGAAUGCCAGAAUGAAUGAAAGUGGGGUCAGGGGUGAAGGCUGGAGGGCACUGGUCUGUGUGUCAGAUCUGGUGCUUUGUUUUUGUUGUGCGGCAGAGGGAACAGUUAUCGUGGUUAUGAGAGUGUCCCCAGGGCUCCUUGAGGUGGCCCAGGUGGUGGAAAUGGACUGGGGCAAGGGAAGCUCGCUUGGGGUUCAGCUCCCCCAGGAACAUCAAGAAUGGCCCCUGAACCUUGCCAAGAGCCUGAAAAGGCCAAGAAAGAGGCUCCCUUAUCGCUGGUGGACCAAGAACUGGUCAGUGGGCAUCCUGAACCUCCAGCUGACACACCUAAAGACCCAGUGGCUCCUGCAUGCCUGCCGGACACCAAGCCCAGCUCCACGCCGGCGGUCUUCUCCAUCAACCUGCAGUUAGCCCCUGAGUCCCUGGACCCCCGCACCCUGCAGCUGCUAUGGGGUCAGCGGGAACUGGAGAUCCAGGCUCUGCGGUGGACCAUCCAUAACCGCCGGGAUGCCCGGCACUGCCACAUCCUGUACGAAGUGGCCGGACUUCCAGCUGAGAGGAGCUCAUGCAGUCAGGAAAAGUUCCUGCAGAACCAGGUGCAAAAGCUGACUCUGGAGCUGAAAGAGCAGAAGGAACAGGCCCAGCUGGACAAGUCCCAGCUGGAGGAGCGGCUGCAACAGGCCGUAAACACAAUUCAGCGUCUGGAGACUGAGCUGCAGGCAUUCCAGAGGUCCUGCCUGCUGCAGCUGGACGGCUCUUCCUGGGUGGGUCGUGUGCUGAGAUCUUGCACUGGCAGUGUGGAGGUGGUAACUGCAGAAACUCUGAUGGACUCCAGUGACCUCUCUGAGAAUGAUCAGGUCCCCUCUACUAAGGAGGUAAGCAAGGCCCCCAUGUGCUUUCAUGGCUCUGCGGCCCUGUGGGAGGGGAGGGCCACAUUCCUGUUGCUUUCUGGCCAGGGUUUUCAGCCGAAGGAUGCAGACUGGAACAACAUUGCCCAGCGGGCUCCCAGCCUCCUCAGCAACAUUAAGUCCAACUCAGAUCAAAAGCCCACGUCUGACCAGUGGGGCUCAGAGCUGCAUGGAGAGCACGUGGAACGGCAUCUCAAGAGUGUGGAGUGGAGUUCCCUGCCCUUUGUGGACACCAGCAGCUCAGGGGGCACGGGCUCUGACUCCAGCAGCGGCCGGCCAGCUGCGCCUUACCCCAUGCGGAAGGUGACGAGACGCCCGCCCUGCACUCCAGGCCGAGGUUCUGAGCUGACAGAACCCCACUGGCGGAGCCUCCGCAGCGAAAUGCAGGCACAGCCUGAAGGUCUCCCCCUGGAUCCCUGGAACCGGCCUAGUAAGGUGGUCCUGACAAGGGAGUUUUGUGUAGAAUCAGAGCUCGGGCAUCGCAGACAGCACCUCCAUGGGAGCCCACCAAGCUCCUGCCUGAAGAUUGUGGCCGUGAGCAGCAAGGAGAGAUACGUGCGCAUCCUCAAUCAGUCGCUAGAGGAGACUGCCAACCUGGGCGGCCUCACUCUGCGUCAGCUCCUGCACGGCUUUCCGGUGUGCAUGUACCGCUUCCCGCCCGGCACGCGGCUGGAGCCCCGGCGCCACGUUACGGUUUGGGGCGAGGGGCCUGCCAGCACCAAGCAGCCGCCACCGUCAUCCUCGGGCCGGGAGCCCGUCCACUUCCACUCCAGCCGGGGAUGUGUGACUCUCCUCCUGAACCCCAAGGGCGAGGUCAGGGUCCUGAGCGAGCACCCGGCCCCCCACUGCGUGACCCCGGUCCCGAGGAUCUUCGCUGACAACACCGACUUGUCCAUAGACUGCUUCCCGCUCUCAGAGGCCGGGCUCCGGGCCAACCCCAGGGAGCAGAGGCGUGGGCCUGAACACUCGCGCGCGGGCAGGGACGCGGGGCCUCUCACCGCAGCGGAGCAGCAGCAAGCUCUUCCGCCCGCGAGAGGUGCCAGCGCGGCCCGAGGCUCGCACGCAGGAGCUCCUGCCCGCCUUGCCCGAGGCCAGGCUGCGCCUGCAGGACGGCGGAGCCAGGAAGGAGCACGGGGUCCAGCAGAGCGCGCGCCCAUGGGCGGGGGCGGGCUCCCGGCCCCGCCCCCGCGCCGCUCAGGCCCCGCCCCCCCAGGUGUGCCGGAAGAGCGUGGACCGGGGCUGCCCGAUGGUAGCGCUGUCGGUGCAGAGCACUGCCGAGAGCAGAUUCGGCUUCCGCUUCCUCCCCUGCCCGCCGCUCACCGCGGUACCAAACACUCGGGUGUAGGGGGCAGCGCGCGAGCGGGCGCCCAGGGCCGAGGGGCCGCGCUGGGAGAAAGUCGUGGGAGGCCAGCAGUGCCAUCUGCACAAUUUAUUGAACCAACGUCGCCUACGAAGUAAACCGCAUUUAUGUACCUGA